AUGGUUUUACUGAACAAGGUGACGGGGCUGGGGGCGGGGCCUCGCGCGCGCCCCGCCCACCGCCGCUGCCGAUUGGCCGCUCCCGGGGCGGGGUUGGCGGGCCGCUCGCUGAUUGGUGGCCGCGCCGGAAAGGCGGGGCCGGCGGGCGGCGGCGGCGGCGCCAUGGCCACAGCGACGGACCAGCUGGUUGGGUUCGGCUUGGUCGCCUUCAGCCUCGUCCUCUUCGUUUACUACACCCUCUGGAUCAUCGUACUGCCCUUCAUCGACAGUGACCAUGGGAUCCACCAGUAUUUCCUGCCUCGGGAAUAUGCAGUUAUCAUCCCUGUGGCAGCCGGGCUCCUGCUGCUGCUAUUUAUAGGUGUUUUUAUAAUGUUUGUCAUGUGGAAGAGCAGGAAACAUGCCAAGAAAUCAGACUGAAGGCCUGGCUGAGGAGAUGAAGAGGUGCCCACGCUGCAGCAUCAUAGCCAGGAAAAGACUUUUCCUGCAGCUCCAGGCAGACAUCUCCAAGGUGCCCAGCACUGAGCUGCUCCCACGUUCCCUCCUGCAGAGACUAAACCUGUAGUUUACAAUUCACUGACCAAAGAGAAGCAGGAUUCAUCCAAGGCUCAUCAAGCGAGGGACCAGAGCCCCUGCUGAGGGACCUGCUCCCCAGCUGGGGCUGCCCUGCCCACUCUGGGCACUCCUUCCCCUCAGCUCUGGCUCAGCCCAGUAGUUGUUCCUUCUGGGAAUUUUAUUUAAAAGUUUACCUACAGUUUGUGGGAUUUUUUUCAUUCUAGUAUGAAAGGUGAGAAAUGAGACUUUGGGCUUGCUAAGGGCAGGUUUUCCUUCUCCAUUUGCUUCUGGAAAGACUAAUCACAGUGCUGGGGGCUCUUGCCCUUCUGAAGAGGGACUCCCAUGAGGCUGGGUAUGCAGAGGGAGCAGGGACAGUGCUGCCCCAUGUCCCACCCAGCUGAGGGGGUGGCGAGAAAUUGUCCUGGAUCACAGGGAAGUGCUGGGUGUGGUUCCCAUCACAGCUCUCAGUCCUGGCUGGAUUCCUGCCCUGGACGAGGCUCCAUGUGCCAGCCAGGCUGGGGCUGAGCAGGCAGGUGUGGAGGCAGUGUCCUGUCCCCGGGGUUUUUCCUCUCCUGGCAGCAGCUGCUGCCCUGGCAGCUCCCCUGGAGCACAGCAAGCAGCAUCACCCUCAAUAAACGUCUGUAAGUCUCGC